CUGAGCUUUUUAGUUUCAUUGAAAAUAAAAAUAUAUUACAAGGAUAUUUGUGGUCAGCUAAAAUCCCCUGCUUGAGGUCCUGCGACACUGGUGUCAUUGGUGAAUGACCGAAGAUGUCUCACACCAGGUUGUUUGCCAAGCUGCUUUUGCAGCAGAGUGGAGUCAGGCACUGUUAUACGGGUACAAGAAAGAAUCUCUACAUCACCAAGAACUCAAAAGUCAUUUGUCAAGGUUUCACGGGGAAGCAGGGAACAUUUCAUAGUCAGCAGGCCCUUGACUAUGGCUCCCAGUUAGUUGGAGGUGUUUCUCCUGGUAAAGGUGGCAAAACGCACCUCGGCCUGCCAGUGUUCAACUCGGUCGUAGAGGCCAAGGAGGGCACAGGGGCAGAUGCCACCGUAAUUUAUGUACCUCCGCCAUUUGCGGCAGCGGCCAUUAUCGAGGCCAUUGACGCAGAGAUCCCCCUGGUGGUUUGCAUCACCGAGGGCAUUCCCCAGCAGGAUAUGGUGAGAGUCAAACAUAAGCUUCUGCGUCAGAGCAACACUCGCCUCAUAGGCCCCAACUGUCCAGGAGUCAUCAAUCCUGGAGAAUGCAAGAUUGGUAUCAUGCCAGGUCAUAUCCACAAGAAAGGACGAAUUGGAAUUGUAUCCCGAUCAGGAACUUUGACAUAUGAAGCUGUUCACCAAACCACACAAGUCGGCCUGGGGCAGUCUCUUUGCGUUGGUAUUGGCGGAGAUCCAUUCAAUGGCACAAAUUUCAUAGACUGUCUGGAGGUGUUCCUGCAGGAUCCCAAGACAGACGGCAUCAUCCUUAUUGGAGAGAUUGGAGGCAAUGCGGAGGAGAAUGCAGCAGAAUAUCUUAAACAGCAUAACACCGGAGCAAAUGCAAAACCUGUGGUGUCCUUCAUUGCCGGGCUAACUGCUCCACCUGGCCGUAGGAUGGGCCAUGCAGGCGCUAUCAUCGCCGGUGGAAAAGGCGGAGCCAAAGAGAAGAUUGCAGCCCUCCAGUCUGCAGGCGUUGUGGUCAGCAUGUCUCCUGCCCAGCUGGGCAGCACUAUGUUCAAGGAGUUUGAGAAGAGGAAGAUGCUGUGAAUUUCUGCAGGAGGGCACCCCACCUUUAACACCGUGCCCAGAAAAUUCAGAGGAACAGCCCAAUGUGGAGGUGGAUGCGGCCUACAGGAUCAGCCUACCCCGAUUACUACAACUCUGAAACGCACACGUUAUGUUCAUGUCCUUGUUUCUGCCAUGAUCUUGUACCUUGCACACGAAGAUGAAAUAAAUAAGUGUCUCCAUGGUGGUAACCAAUAGAACUCA